AAUUGUGAGUACAAGUGUGCAAACACGGAGUUGUACUUUGGAGCCAUGGCCCAAAGUGUUUCUGUUGGAUUUACGCUAAAAGUUAGGAUGGCACGAGUUUUUCUGUCUUUGCUACUUUUGGACUUUCACCUUGGCUCGGCAGCCCCAAACAAUGUGCUCCUCUCUGAGAAGACAGCCGACAGCUUCCUCAAGAGACACAAACGUGAGAACACUGGGAGGUUCGAGGAGUUUCUGCCGGGAAACCUGGAAAGAGAAUGUAUAGAAGAGAAAUGUAACCUGGAAGAAGCCAGGGAGAUAUUUGAGAAUGAUGAAAAGACUAUGGCAUUUUGGUCAAGAUAUGUAGAUGGCAAUCAGUGCGCAUCGAGCCCAUGUCUGAACCAGGGGUCAUGCAAAGACCAUCUGGGCUACUACAUCUGCACAUGUGUGUCUGGCUUCACUGGCACAAACUGUGAGAUCGUCUUACAAAAAAGAUGUGACGUAAACAAUGGAGACUGCAAACACUUCUGUGGCACAAUAGGAAACUUUGGGGCAAAAUGCUUCUGCGCGACAGGAUAUGAGUUGAUGUCGGAUGGGGUCAGCUGUGAAGCAACAGUUGAAUUCCCCUGUGGGAAAACUGGACUAACCGUUGUGAAGCCAGUCAUAAGGUCUUUCUACAACCCUGGGCUUUCGGACCACCUGAACGCCACAUCUCCAACCAACAUGACUCUUACAGCAGCAGCCAGCACCACAGAGCCAGAUCUGGAUUCGUAUGACUAUGACGACUUUGGUCAGAAUCAGUCUCUUAGUGACCUGCUUUUAUGGGAAUCCAAUCACUCUGAAAACAUCUCUUUGGAGCCACAAACACCUUUCAAACGUAUAGUUGGUGGGAGGUCAGCCGCUCCAGGAGAGAUUCCCUGGCAGGUACCGUUUAGACGCACAGAUAUCAGGAACAUUGUGGCAUCCUGCACAACAUUCUGUUUCUAUCCCCUAGUCUGUUCAUCAGUUUCAUUUUUCCAGGUUGGACUGAUAGCAAAGCCCAGUGGUCAGUUAUUUUGUGGGGGCUCCAUCCUCUCAGAGCGUUGGGUCAUCACUGCUGCUCAUUGUCUGAAGGAGGCGUCCGGCUCCUUCUCAGUCAGAGUGGGGGAACAUAAUACUCAAAUCACGGAGGGCCGAGAGCAAGACUAUGAGGUGUUGGAGAAACACGCACAUCCACGCUACAACGCAACCUUAAACACGUACAACCACGACAUUGCUUUGCUCUACCUCAAAGACCCUAUCAGCUUCUCAGCAAUGGUCCGACCGAUCUGCAUCGGGCCCAUGGCUUUCAUCGAGGCCUUAAUGAAACAACCUUCCCCGGCUACGGUGAGCGGCUGGGGCCGCACUCGCUUCCUGGGGUUCACUUCCAACAUUCUGCAGAAGAUUGAGGUUCCCUUCAUAGAUCAGACUGAGUGUAAAAAAAGCAGCAACGAAAGGAUCACUCCUGUCAUGUUCUGCGCUGGAUUCUACAAUGUGGCCAAAGACGCCUGUCAGGGCGACAGCGGAGGUCCUCACGCAAAGAGCUACCGAGACACUUGGUUCCUGACGGGGAUUGUGAGCUGGGGGGAGGAAUGUGCAAAAGAAGGGAAGUACGGCGUGUACACCCGGGUUUCUGUUUACUACAGCUGGAUAAAGUAUGUGAUGAGUGUAACUAAACGCAGGCUGGCUUCAGAUGUGGAAUACCCAGACUCAUGACUGUGCAUGGAUGUUGAUAUACAGCGCAGGCCACAUUUUUGGCACAUCAAUUAGCAAAUCACCUCAAAAUAAAUCAAUCUUUCAUUACAGCAGCAUAGGAUCACAUCAAGAAAGUGGAAGAAUCCAACUUAAAUUUCUUUCAAGGAGACAUAAGUAUGAGACGAACCAGUUUCAUAACUUUGCUGUUAAUACCAUACUACCAAAAAUUCUUUAUGAAAUACAAAAAGCACUUAGUCGUAUCCUAAAAUGUUCUUGCAUUCUUUUUUAUACUCUCUCUUUACAUCAUGUGUCUAACUUCAGUCCUCAACUUCUAAUGUCCUGCAUCAUUUUGAAUCAAAUGGCUGGACUUUGAAUCACAAGCAGAACUUGGUGGAACCUGACUGGUGAACAUUGGUUUAAUAUUCUACAGUCCUCUCUUUAGAUCACCUCUCAGGGUUUGUAACAGAUUCUGGACUGAGACGGUCUUGGAAGAAUAUUGAAUGCGUUUCUGGUCAAUCAUUUCUAUUGUGUGUUUUGGAGUAAGGACUUAAUAAUAGCUGAUGCUUCUUAAAACAGUUUGUGAGACCAAUGCCAUGAACUCUAAAGGGCUCCCACAGAAGAGGUCCAAUGCAUUACAGAUCCUCCAUCAUACUUUUUAACGUAAUUGUCAUUUGCUUCACUCCACACCAGGGAUCUGCUACAGACGAAGCUUUUUACAAAACUUUUAACAUUUCUCUUUAUUUUAAAAUCUUAAAAGAAAUAAAAAUGUUGGUUCUUUAAUAGUGGUUUUUAUUAGACAUUUAAAAUAUCUCAUAUUACAUUUACAGCUCUAAGUGAGCCUUAUUUACCUUUAUAAAGGCAUAACUGGUUCUUUGGAGUGUAAAAGUUGCAGAUCCCUGUUCUAGAGCCAUCUGGAGUGUUUGUUUCCAAAAACUCAAAAAUAAUCAAGUUUCCAAUUAAAGUUUACAUUCAUAACAGUGAGAAAGGGAUAUUUUUUUUUCUGGCAUUUAUCCCAAUCAACCAGUUGAGUUGGUGGCUUCAAGGUGUUUCUUUUCUACAGUUCUCUAAAGAUCUAUAAGGACAAAAACAUGAGCAAAUUUAAGAAUAAAUAAACUGUGAUAGCUAAAUAUAUUCUUUAUAUACAUUAUAUGUAUUUAAAGCAGCAAGAGCAUCAAAUAGGAGCCACCAGGCAACUGAAAGAAAACAAACCUUUCAAGGCCAAAGCUUCAGAUACUUUCCAAACAAUUUUAAAAAUAUCUAGGAUAGAUUUAUUAUUUACAUGUUUUUCUGAAACAAGAAUACAGACAUAUUAGUUUACAUCCAUUGUGUUAACAAUAAAAUUCAGCUACCCUAAAAACUGUUAUUGCAGUGUAUAUGUUGAUAUUAUUAGAUUACUUUUAAAAGAACCAAAGAUAUUUCAAAAAAACAAAAUUAAAUAAAAUGCCAUGCAUUUUUAGUAUAAAAACAAAUGUUCAGCGUAUGUUACAUGGCUCAGCAGGAUUCAAGCAACUUUUUUGCCUUCUGUAGCGACAUCUGUGCAAAUUGUGCAGCAUUUUGGAU